AUGGGUUGCAUAGGAUCUUCGCAGGCCAAAAACGAAGGAGUGAAAAGAAAGAAAAUCCGAAAACCUAAACCGUGGGCGCAUACCGAGCCAAUCACAAGGGCACAGCUGACGAAUAUGCGCGAGGAAUUUUGGGAUACUUCUCCACACUAUGGUGGUCAAAGAGAGAUAUGGGAUGCGUUACGAGCUGCUGCUGAAGCUGAUCAAUUGAAACUAGCACAAACAAUUGUAGACAGUGCAGGCGUGAUUGUUGAAAACAGUGAUCUAACAUUGUGUUGGGAUGAAAGAGGUGCUAGAUAUGAGCUUCCAAUGUAUGUUCUAAGGGAGCCCACGAAUUUGAUUACAGAGCAAGGACAGUAA